AUGGAAAGCUGGCGUGACCGAGGCGAGGCCAAGCGCCUGUCGAUUCUCAACUCGAUACCUGAAAAAUGGUGGCUCGUGGAUCCGGUCCCUCCAGCCACAGAGUUGCGCGAUGUGACUGGGAGCUACAUUCAACAAUUCCUGACUCCUCGGGAGAUCGAAAUCACGGAGACCGAUGCCGCAGGCAUUGCAGCACACACAUGCACGGGUGACUGGUCCGCCGUGGAAGUGACGGAGGCCUUUUGCCAUCGAGCAGCCCUUGCUCAUCAGCUGGUAAGCUGUCUCCACGAGACCUUCUUCGACGCAGCACUCGAAGAUGCCAAAGAAUACGAUGCAUACUUUGCAAAGCACAAAGCCCCAAUUGGUCCUCUGCACGGCCUCCCAGUCAGUCUGAAAGACCAAUUCCACGUUAAAGGCGUCGAAACCACCAUGGGCUAUGUGGGUUGGAUCAACACAUUCCAGGGCCAACAGGGUGAUCCCCGCUACAAGACCGAAGAAAGCGAGCUCGUGCGCGAGCUACGUGCACUAGGCGCUGUUCUCUACUGCAAGACCAGCGUACCAUGUACUCUCAUGACUCCCGAGACAAUCAACAAUAUAAUCGGGUACACCUGGAACCCCAAGAACAGACACCUCUCCUGUGGUGGUAGUUCAGGGGGCGAAGGCGCCUUGAUUGCUCUGCGUGGAUCACCCGCUGGCUUUGGGACUGAUAUCGGUGGCAGUGUACGGAUUCCUGCUGGUUUCAAUUCCCUGUACGGUCUUCGACCUUCAGCUGGUAGAAUCCCUUAUGAAAAGGCGGCGAACUCUAUGGAUGGUCAGAGUACUAUUCUCUCGGUGAUUGGGCCAAUUGCACCAACAGUGAGAUCAUUGGAGUUGCUGUUCAAAGCAGUCUUGUCUCAAGAGCCGUGGCUUCAUGACCCGCUUGCCGUGGAAAUGCCGUGGAGGGAUGAAGUCGUUGAAACCACCAAGGCGUUGAUCGAAGGCGCUAGGAAUGGAUCUUCAAAGCUGGCGUUCGGUCUAAUGAAGUACGAUGGGUCAGGACGGAUCGAUCCCCCAAUUGCCCGGGGAUUGAAAAUUGUCGAGCAGACGCUUCAACAACUCGGUCACACAGUCAUCGAGUGGACUCCACCAUCGCACGACACGGCCAUAGAGUUAGCCGACAAGGCAUACCAGCUGGAUGGCGGGGUAGACUUGAAGCACCACUUUAGUCUAAGUGGUGAAAGUCAACCAAGUCAAGUGAUUGUCCCCGAGAACGGUACAGAGCUCAAAGCAUCUGAGAUUGCUGCCGUUAAUGUGGCCAAGCGCGAGUACCAAAAGCAGUAUAUGGAUUACUGGAACAGCACGUCCACGCUGACGGGUACUGGUCGUCCAGUCGAUGCAUUCUUCUGUCCAUUGGCACCCCACGCGGCUGCGAAACCGAUGCAAUAUGAUUAUAUUGGAUACACUCCUUUCGUGAACGUGCUUGACUACACGAGUAUGGCGAUCCCGGUCACUUUCGCUGAUAAAAGAGUCGACGUGCGUCCUGCCGAUCACGCUGGUGAUUCCGACUACAUUCAGUGGGAUUGUAAGUUUCCAUCGUUGAAAGGUAGAAGUUUUGGGCUCCAGGCUAAUCAAUUGGGGGUAGAUGAUGCUGAGAUAUACGAUGGUGCCCCGGUGGCAGUCCAAAUGGUAGGCCGGAGGUUCCACGAAGAGAAGAUACUGACUUUGGCGGAACAUCUGGGAGGAGAGAUCGCCCGAGAAGCCUACAUUUUUGGAAAGUGA